GCUGCGGGGAGCCGGGCUGAUGGACGCCGCCUAGCACGGCCUUGGGAAUCGGCCCUCCCCUGGCGGCAGGCGCGGUGUGGUAAAUUCCAUCUGAGAAAUAAAAGCUGAGCUCUGUGCUGAGUCAUAGAGCCAGCCGAGCUGGUCUGCAGAAGCUGCGCAGAGCCGUGGACUCGCCGCGCAAGGCUCCGCGGGGAGACGGAAACGCGGUGAGUGAGAGAAUGUAGAGGCGCGAGCGAGGCGAGCCCUGCCCAGCUGGCACGGACCACCCAGCCCCGGCGGGAGCAGCGCCCUGGGCCGUCCCCUUCUGGCCGCCCAGCCUCACGAUGUCCAAGAGGGGGGCCGGUGGCCGGGCCAAGGGGGACAAGGCCGAGCUCGCCGCCCUGCAGGCUGCCAACGAGGAGCUGCGGGCCAAGCUCACUGACAUCCAGAUCGAGCUGCAGCAGGAGAAGAGCAAGGUGAGCCGGGUGGAGCGGGAGAAGAACCAGGAGCUCAGGCAGGUCCGCGAGCACGAGCAGCACAGGAGCGCGGUGCUGCUCACGGAGCUGAAGAGUAAGCUGCACGAGGAGAAGAUGAAGGAGCUGCAGGCCGUGCGGGAGGCGCUGCUGCGGCAGCACGAGGCCGAGCUGCUGCGCGUCAUCAAGAUCAAGGACAACGAGAACCAGCGGCUGCAGGCCCUGCUCGGCGCCGUGCGCGACGGGACACCCGACAAGGUCAAGACCGUGCUCUUCUCCGAGGCCAAGGAGGAGGCCAAGAAAGGCUUCGAGGUGGAGAAGAUCAAGAUGCAGCAGGAGAUCUCCGAGCUCAAGGGCGCCAAGAAGCAGGUGGAGGAGGCCCUGACCCUGGUCAUCCAGGCCGACAAGGUCAAGGCGGCCGAGAUUCGGAGCGUCUAUCACCUCCACCAGGAGGAGAUCUCCCGGAUCAAGAGGGAGUGCGAGCGGGAGAUCCGCAGGCUGAUGGAGGAGAUAAAAUUUAAAGACAGAGCAGUCUUCGUGCUGGAGAGAGAGUUAGGGGCCCAGGCCGGGCACGCCCAGAGGCUGCAGCUCCAAAAAGAGGCUCUAGAUGAGCAGCUGUCGCAGGCCAGAGAGGCUGACCGGCACCUGGGCAGCCCCAGACGCGAGCUUCCUCACGCGAGCGGUGCAGGAGACGCCGCAGACCACUCGGGAUUCCCUGAACAGCAGUUGGAUGAAAAGGAUGCCCGGCGCUUCCAGCUUAAAAUUGCCGAGCUAAGUGCGAUCAUUCGGAAGCUGGAGGACCGCAACGCCCUGCUGUCGGAGGAAAGGAACGAGCUGUUAAAGCGUUUGAGGGAAGCUGAGAGUCAGUACAAGCCGUUACUGGAUAAAAACAAACGGCUGACUCGGAAAAAUGAGGACUUGGCCCACACUUUACGGCGAAUGGAAAACAAGUUAAAAUUCGUCACCCAGGAGAACAUAGAGAUGAGGCAAAGAGCCGGGGUCAUCAGGAGACCCAGCUCCUUGAAUGACCUCGACCAAAGCCAGGACGAGAGAGAAGUCGACUUCCUGAAACUUCAAAUUGUUGAGCAGCAGAACCUCAUCGAUGAGCUUUCUAAGACCCUUGAAACUGCGGGCUACGUCAAGAGCGUGUUAGAACGCGAUAAGCUUUUAAGACUUCGGAAACAAAGAAAGAAAAUGGCAAAGCUCCCCAAGAAGCCGGUCGUCGUGGAGACCUUUUUUGGAUACGACGAAGAAGCGUCUCUAGAAUCCGAUGGCUCGUCAAUCUCCUACCAAACGGACAGAACCGACCAGACGCCAUGCACCCCCGAGGACGACCUGGAGGAGGGCCUGGCCAGGGAGGAGCCGGAGCUGCGCUUCCGGCAGCUGACCAUGGAGUACCAGGCGCUGCAGCGCGCCUACGCCUUGCUGCAGGAGCAGGUCGGCGGGACGCUGGACGCCGAGCGAGAAGUUAAGACCCGUGAGCAGCUCCAAGCAGAAGUGCAGCGGGCGCGGGCGCGGACAGAGGACCUCGAGAAGGCCCUGGCCGAGCAGGGGCAGGACAUGAAGUGGAUUGAAGAGAAGCAAGCCCUCUAUCGCAGAAAUCAAGAGCUCGUGGAGAAGAUUAAACAAGUGGAGACAGAAGAAGCCCGGCUGAAGCACGAGGUCCAGGAUGCUAAGGACCAGAACGAGCUGCUGGAAUUCCGGAUCCUGGAGCUCGAGGAGCGGGAGCGGAAGUCGCCGGCCCUCGCCCUCCACCGGCUGCCCUUCGUGGACGGGAAGAGCCCCCUGCAGGUGUACUGCGAGGCGGAAGGCGUGACGGACAUCCUGGUCUCUGAGCUGAUGAAGAAGCUCGACAUCCUAGGGGAUAACGCCGUAAGUAAUCUGACCAACGAGGAGCAGGUGGUUGUCAUACAAGCGAGGACAGUCCUGACGUUGGCUGAAAAGUGGCUACAGCAGAUCGAAGAGACGGAGUCAGCCCUGCAGCGGAGGAUGGCUGACCUGGAGAGUGAGAAGGAGCUGUUCAGUAAGCAGAAGGGCUACCUGGAUGAGGAGCUUGACUACCGGAAGCAGGUCUUAGACCAGGCCCACAAGCACAUCCUGGAGCUGGAAGCCAUGCUGCACGACGCCCUGCAGCAGGAGGCGGGGGCCAAGGUGGGCCAGGUGCUGUCGGAGGACGAGCGGGAGAAGCUCAAGGUCGCUGUCGAGCAGUGGAAGCGCCAGGUCAUGAGUGAGCUGCGCGAGCGCGACGCCCAGAUCCUGCGGGAGCGCAUGGAGCUGCUGCAGCUGUCCCAGCAGAGAAUUAAAGAGUUAGAAGAAAGAAUAGAAGCUCAGAAGAGACAAAUAAAGGAACUGGAGGAAAAGUUUUUAUUUUUGUUUUUAUUUUUCUCCUUAGCGUUCAUCCUUUGGUCAUAGUUGGCCCUGGCGCCGCGGCACGCCCGCAGAGGUGCUGGACCCCGACCCUCCUGUUGGAGCCUAGAGCCAAGGCCACCCAGGGGAGACGCGGGGCCUUGCGCCUCAGCCGCGGACCCCCACGAGGACGCAAUCUCUGUGGGGCGCCUGCUGCCCAGAGGGGCGGGGGCUGGAGGGGCUGCCCGUUCUGAUGAGCGAGCAGGGGUAGCACUGCCCCGGGGCCGAGCCCCAGCCCUCCGCUCAGCGCGCUCUCUCCAUCCUGCUGGGUGGCCAGAGCCUCGCCCGUCCCUGCCGAGCAGGGGACGCUGCUUCUGUCAGGAGCGUGUUUCCGUCUUACCUGUCGCCUCGCUUGGCCCCUUGAUCACCGUGAUCCGCAACUCGAGAGGACGUUCAGGAGGACAGGCUCGUCGCGGAUGGCAAAAGGCAGACUCAGCCGCUAAGGGAAACCAGUUGGUGCCUCCGGAACCUUCCCAAGCAGGAUUUCCCCGUGACACCACGGCGUGCGGCGACGAGGCUGUGACCCACUCACCCAGGGCCCCAAGCCCUCACCCGCUGGCGAGGGCAUCCCCACAGCCCGCCCUGGGAGCCAGACGGGUCCGGUCGCGUCAUCACCUGCAGCCGUGGGGUCUCCCCAUGCCCACCAGCUCUUGGCCGCUCACCCACCCCAAGACAUGAAGGCUGGAAACACUGCACUGAGCCCACCCCAGAGCUGGACCAACCAGAGGAAGGGUCUGCAGGGCACGAGGAGAGGGCGGAACCAGCCGGAAGGAAGCGUGGCCUUCUGAGGGGCAAGAGGCCCGGCUGCCUCCAGUGGCCCAGCUGGGAAGGCCGUCAGCAGCAGGCUGUGCCCCGGGCUGCAGACACGCCAAGGGUGACCGCAGCUCACCCCCUCCCAGUCCCCAGCCCGGCCUUUGCACGCGGGGAGCAGCCCCAGGAGGGACACCAGAUGCUGUGUGGUGCUGUGGACGUGAGGAGGAAGCCGCAGGCCGAGGCUCACAGAGAGAAGCCAGCACGUCGACGAAGCCAGUAUUCAGUGUGGUCUCCGUUCCUGCUGGUUACAAAGCCCACGACCCAGGAAAGCCUUCCUCGUCUGGAUAAAACCUGGCUCGCUGGUUGGCGAUGUUCUGUUUUGCUCACACCUGGCACUAUGGUUCUCACUCUCAAUGCUGAAUGUACAAUGGGGCGUGUGUGUGUGUGCACCCACGUGCAACCAGAAGACAAUGCAUAGGAUUCUAGCUCUUUCAGGGCCCCUAGAAGUUGGUUCCCUGGGCAGUUAGACACACAGCUUGGUGUGAAUGUGAUGUUCACGUGCAACAGGAAAGCAAACUGCAUUAUGUGGUGGCUGGAGAGAGGCAGGGACCAUGUCCUCGGGAGGCGUCAGGUUCAUUUUACGUUUGUUUUGGAAGAAACGCUCCACUCCUGUGCAGGUGACAGAGUGGCUGCUGCAACAGGGAUGCAUCCCCAGGUUGGCAUCAGGGAAGAGCUUACAGGAGCAGACAGGUAAGCUUUUCUUUAGUGGGUACAGGAAAUGCACCAUGAAAAAGCACUUGUCCAUCCCUUUCUGCUGUCACUAAAGCCACAUUUAUUCACUUGGACAAGAUGACUGUUCGAUGUUUCUCCAGCUGAACCUGCUGUCAGGGUUUGUAUCUCAAGCUUGAAAGGAUCAAGUGCUCCUCCAAGCAAAGCUUUGUCUUGUUUUCAUGACUGCAUCCCCUUGGUACGUUUACUGCAUUCAGAAGUGAACAGCACAUGGCGUCCUUGCAUCUAAAGCCACCACGGAGCUGCGGGUGAGCGCUAAGUUGAAGUCUGGCGGACUGUACUCUGCAGGCAUCUAGAAACACGCCUUAACUCAGUGCCCUUGAAGCUUCAGGCCCCACCGCGUGCACGGGAGCGGCAGCUGCACCACUGGCCCUGCGGGACCCGAAGUUGUGUGUUUGAAGUCAGCUCAAAUCGCCCUCGUGUUGGUUCAGGUCAUCCUGAUUUCGCAGGUUGUAUUUAUGUCGGGAGUACUUCCUGUGCCCUCCCACCCGCCCCAUGGCACACUUAAUCUUAGCUUUGUAAUUUAAAGAAAUGCAAACUACACAGGAAAGGGAAGCAUGUAAAUAUGUAGCAAUGCCAGGAAGCCAUCACCAUUUCUCUGUAAGCAGUCGUGUACAUCGAGAGGGAAAAUGGCUCCAAGAAGGUUUUAAACAGCAUCCCAUGUCCCAAACCACACCCACAUCCUGCCAUGUUCCUGAAAGCACAGGGUUAGUUGCAAUGUGAAUUCCUUGCUUUAGCUAUUGGACACCAUUUUUAUUUAGGUGUCCUAUGCCUCUUCUUCUCAUUUCAUUACAAAAUCCAGCAUUGCAGGACUGAGAUUUAAAAAUGGAAAAAAAAAUUGGCAAAUAUGAACCUUUUUAACCGAUUCCUACUGGCCCCAUGAGCAGCUUAAGACAUUCAAGUGUUUUCAAAGAAGAUGCAUUUUCUAAAUCCUAGAGUAUACCUUUUAUUCAAGAUUGGAGAGCUGGAUUGAAUUCCCUGCAAAUAUUUGGGCUCUCUUAUUGCUGACCCUUCUUACUGGGAAGUCUGUGGGUACAGGCACCCCCCCAAUGCAGCUCAGGGAGGGACCCUGAAAAGCUGCCACAACCCUUUACUGUGUAACCGAGACAUGGACAUCUGUAUAGCACAGCGAUUAUCUACACAACCAUGCCACGUGCAUGGCCUGCAGAACGAGGCAAAGGUCUGAGCUUGUCUAAACCAAGGAUCUAGGUGAACUGCAGAUGCCUCUGUGGACACGGCUGUGCUGGGCCCCUCGGCCCCACAGCCUGGGGUUCGAGUGGCCUGAGGAUGGUGGCUGUUUUGUAGAUUGUGCCCUCGCAGCUUCUGUAGCCCUCGGGAUAUCCCGCGUGCCUUACACGGCUUGUGAACACCGACACUCACAGGAAGGAGGGUGAGCCUGACGGUGGGUUUGGAGGCAUUUUUACAUUCAUCAACAUUUACCAUCCCCCCGCCCUUGAAACCUUUAGACAGGUUGUGUGUUUUAACACAGUAAUGGAUUUAAGUUCAGGCUCAGGAAAAUCAUAUUGUGAAUAUAUGUAUCAAAUAAUAUAUUUAUUGAUAUUUUUUAAAAGCUUUAUUGUAAAUUUACACAAAAGUGAAUUAGGACUUGUUUUCUCACAGUAUAUGCCAGGCAGUAUUUGUGCUUUUUUGAUCCUUAAUAAUCACAUUCUAAAUGCGUGACCCUCCACUCAGUGCUAGGCUGUGUCCCCAGGCUGGAAAUAGGUUUGUAUGGUGAUGAACUACAAAAUUUUACACAUAUUUUUGUAUUGUGAUUCCUAUGAUAUAUUCCAGAGAAUUUUUAUUCAUUUGUAAAUUAUUGUACAGUUUUAAUAAAAAAAAAACUGCUUUAAA